AAGGGGGGCCAUGCCCCCAAACUCCACCCGGCAAUGGGACGGUUCAGCGCCAUGACUACAACAGACCCCAUUACUCAUCCCGAUCCAGUCUCGCGAUCAGAGCACGUUGGGGGUCGAAAACCCUUGACCCGGGAUAGGCAAAACCGCGUGCUUCGAGAACCGAGAAAAACACUAGGGUCGCGAAUCCUUGGGGCCCAGAGAUCGCACAAUGGAAAACGACGCCGAAAAGUCAGACAACUCCGAGUCAGACCGUACUGAGCGGGCGUCAUCCAUCGACAUCCAAGCUGACGGCGUCGUCACCGCUGCGGCCAGGACCAUGCCGCGGCAGCCAGCGGCUUCGGCUUCGGCUUCGGAGCCGCAUCCCGCACAACCGGACCAGGUACCCGACGGGGGUCUCACGGCGUGGUUGCAAGUCCUCGGAUCGGCGGCGAUUCUCGUCAACACGUGGGGCGUGAUCAACACCUUUGGCGUCUUCCAGGCGUACUAUGAGACCGAGAUGCUCAAGACGCACUCGUCGUCGGAAAUCUCGUGGAUCGGCUCCGCGCAGGGGGCGUUGCUGUUCCUGGUGGGCGUACUCGCGGGCCCGCUCUACGACGCAGGGUAUUUCCGUGAGCUGCUGCUCGUCGGUCUCUUCCUGAUCGUGCUCGGCCAGUUCAUGGUUUCGCUCUGCACCACCUACUGGCAGGUGUUCCUGUCGCAGGGCUUGACCAUGGGGAUAGGGAUGGGGCUGACCUUCCUGCCGUCGGCCGCCAUCCUGGCGCAGUACUUUUCCAAACGCCGCGCCCUCGCGCUGGGGAUUGCGAGCGCCGGGUCUCCAGUGUCUGGCACCGUGUUUCCCAUCAUUUUCAGCCAGCUGCAACAAACGGUCGGGUUUGGCUGGGCAACGCGGACCAUUGCCUUCAUCCUCCUGGGCACCUCCAUCAUCCCCAUCGCCUUCAUGCGGACGCGCGUGCCACCGACGGGUAAAGCCCGCGCCAUCAUCGACAAGACCGCGCUGCGCGAUGCGCCGUACCUGUUUGUCGUCUGUGGCGGUUUCUUCGCCUUCCUGGGGCUCUAUGUGACGUUCUUCUACAUCACGCUGUUCGCAACGUCGCACGGCGCGGCCACGGAGAGUUUUGCGCCGUAUCUGGUAACGCUGCUCAACGCCGGAUCCAUCGUCGGGCGCUUGAUCCCAAACGCGCUUGCCGACCGCUGGGGUUCCUUGAACGUUUUGGCGGUGUGCUCAUUCGCCAGCGCGAUCCUGGUCUUUGGCUGGUUGGGGAUUCAUAACACUGCCGGCGCGGUGGUCUACGCGGUGUUGUACGGGGGGUUCUCGGGUGGUGUUGUCAGCAUAAUUCCCAGCGUCAUGGUCACGCUCUCUCCUGAUAUGGGACGGGUUGGGACGAGAAUGGGCAUGGCGUUCUUGGUAUCGGGCGUGGCCAUUCUCACUGGGACACCCAUCGCAGGGGCGAUUCUGGGAGAGGAGAGCGACCCGGACUGGUUGGGUACCAUCCUGUAUUCGGCAUUUGCACUUCUCGUGGCGACGUUGUUGUACAUGACUUCGCGAGCUCUGCUGUACAAAAAGAACGGAAAAUGCAAGGCCUGAGCCGUAUCAGCGUCAAAUGACCAAAGUUCCACAUACGGGGUUCGAUGUGAGAGCUUACCUAGAUAGGUGGUUAGGCGUUUGGUCUGGCUGGACAUCCCAUAGGCGACGAGGCGUACGGAAAAGAGCGUUGAGCUUCUCAAUUGAUUCCGUUCCCGCAUCUCAAGGUGGGGAUUGGGCGAUUGCUGGGACGUGAUACGAAGUAGCAAAAGUACAAGUGACUUUAGGAGCGCGUACGGGGCUUGGAGAUGGCA